AGUUCUCGUCGCCAGCACCACGUUUACCGUUAGCACUGGCCCAACCACCCCGCACGCCCCACCCCCCCAAAAAGCAGGCAGACACACUCGGCAGAUACUCGCUGCAUGCGCUGUACACGCAUCCAACAGAUACUUUUCCGAAUUCGUUUUCAAUCCAGCUACGUCCUGUUACGGAUGCAGACGCGUCGCCUCCGUUGUGAUACCAGAUACAUGUAAUUGCAGGUCUAGAGCCACAGAUUCAGCCACAGAUACACAGAUUCGAGUGCCCCCAGCAGAUACUUAGCCUAAUUACGCCGCGGAUUAAACUAUUAAACACUUAAAUCCGCCAGGAUUUGCCUAUCAAAUCAAAUCGCAUCGAAUCGAAUCGCAUCGAAUCGAAUAGAAAUCAUAUCACUGCGAGUGCCGCGUGUGUGACUGUGUGCGCGAGUGUGUGUUUUUGUGAAGCGGCAGCGAGAUUAAAAACAUAUCCCCGAGUUACUUAAAAUUAAUCACUAACAUAAUCACUGUGAUUUUUAUUAUUUGAUCUGCCGACGUCAACACCGCGUGUGCGAAAACUGUUUAACGGCUGGGGCUUUAUUAAAUGCCGCUUGCCAUUCGAUACGAUUAGCAAUCUGUUGCAACAACACAGCAUAAACCUACCGAUCUCCCCGAGAUUUAUUGCCCAUAUAGCCCACUGCCCACGGCCCACGCGAUAUAUCCGGAAGAUUUUCGUUGACUUUCCCCAGAUCUCCGGCGUUUGAAAUGCUGGCCAUCUGAUUUAUUGACGUGCCCACGACAUUUGCUCCAUCAAAGUUCGCCUUUGAUAUUCCGGAUCGACGGAAGCGGCGAAACCGACGGAAGUUCGCUCCCACCACCUAGUGGAUUAAUUUGAAUUCCUCUCCCAUCAUUCAGAGCUUUCCGGGCUCUGGCAACGGCUGCAUCUUGGAUUUGCUUUCACCACAGUUGGAAGAUACCGGCCUCAAGACGACGACUUUCCUGCAGCACUUCAAGGACGUCGUCACGACGAAGUUCACGGGGAGGGACCACCACCUGCCGCCGCUGCACCCCGCACACCCCGCCCACCCGGCGCACCAGCAGUCGGCCCUGCACCACCACCACCACCAGCAGCAGAGCUUCUCCACCAUUUUCCCCACGUAUCUAGGCAUGGACCGCUCCUCCGCCGUCGGCGGUUGCGGCGGGGGCGGCGGUCUGGGCGUGGGCGUGGUCACCAGCUCGGCCACCGCCUUGGGACCCGGUGGCCUGACCAACGGCGGCGGCGGAGUGGUCAGUGGCGCCCUCAACGGACUGGAGGCCAUGUCGGCCGAGUCCACAGGGCUGUGCCUGCAGGAUCUGGUGAGUGCCGGGACGGCAAAUGGAGCAGGCUCUGCAGGAUCGGCGGAGAGUGCCACCACCACCAGCACGGCGCUGAGCAGCGGCAGCACCGGCAGCUCCACGGUCAACGGAGGAGGCAGCAGCACCUCCGGCACGGAGCACCUGCACAGCCAUCACAGCCUGCACGACUCCAGCUCGUCGGUCAGCAUCUCACCCGCCAUCUCGAGCCUGAUGCCCAUCAGCAGCCUGAGCCACUUGCACCACUCCGCGGGCCAGGACCUGGUCGGUGGCUACUCCCAGCAUCCGCACCACACGGUGGUGCCGCCGCACACUCCCAAGCACGAGCCGCUCGAGAAACUCAGAAGCUUGUUCUUUUCAGUUUGGGCCGAAACCGGCGAUUUCCGUGAUAGUCAUAGCUCCAUGACCGCCGUAGCAAAUAGUUUGGAUAGCACCCACUUGAACAACUUUCAGACGUCAUCCACAUCCUCGAUAUCGAACCGGAGUCGGGAUCGCAAAGAUGGCAAUCGCAGCGUAAACGAGACCACGAUCAAGACGGAGAACAUAUCAAGUUCCGGGCACGACGAGCCGAUGACCACCAGUGGCGAGGAGCCCAAGAACGACAAGAAGAACAAGAGGCAGCGGCGCCAGCGGACGCACUUCACCUCGCAGCAGCUCCAGGAGCUGGAGCACACCUUCAGCCGGAACCGCUAUCCGGACAUGUCCACCCGCGAGGAGAUCGCCAUGUGGACCAAUCUUACGGAGGCUCGUGUUAGGGUGUGGUUCAAGAACCGGCGUGCCAAGUGGCGCAAGAGGGAGCGCAACGCGAUGAACGCGGCGGUGGCGGCGGCGGACUUCAAGUCCGGAUUCGGGACGCAGUUCAUGCAGCCGUUCGCGGAUGACUCGCUGUACAGCUCGUAUCCGUAUAACAACUGGACCAAGGUGCCGUCGCCGCUGGGCACCAAGCCCUUUCCGUGGCCAGUGAAUCCGCUCGGCUCGAUGGUGGCCAGCAAUCAUCACCAGAACUCGGUGAACUGCUUCAAUACGGGCGCCAGUGGCGUGGCGGUGAGCAUGAACAACGCAUCCAUGCUGCCGGGCUCGAUGGGCUCCUCGUUGAGCAACACCAGCAAUGUGGGCGCCGUGGGCGCCCCGUGUCCGUACACCACACCCGCCAAUCCGUACAUGUACCGCUCCGCCGCCGAGCCCUGCAUGAGCAGCAGCAUGAGCUCCAGCAUUGCCACGCUGCGGCUGAAGGCCAAGCAGCAUGCAUCCGCCGGAUUUGGCAGCCCCUACUCCGCCCCCUCGCCCGUGUCGCGUUCGAACUCCGCCGGACUCUCCGCCUGCCAGUACACCGGAGUGGGCGUGACGGACGUGGUCUGAGAAAACGCCCUGGGUGCGCUGCUCAACCAGCACCAGCACCACUUGCAGCACUUCUCGGGCGGAUCGGUGGGCGGCACCGGGGUGCCGAACGGCAUGCAACAGCACUCCGGCAACAUGCUGCACCACAGCAACUUGGGCCUGGACCACUCCGACCUGGGUUUGGUGGGCGGCGUGGCGGCCACUCACCAGGACGAGGGCAACCACAGUCUGGAGGGCAGCAGCAAGUCGCCCAUGGAGGCGCCUCUGGCCAACAGCAGCAGCAACAACAACAACAACAACAACAACGACAACGAUGACGAGGACGUGAUCGAUUGAAAAAACGCUCUAACUUAAAUCAAACUAAAGGCAGCCUAGCCCUAAGCAUUCAUAACUAAUUUUAGAUGUUUGCCCCAACUAAAGAUACAUAACAUAAAGCAAAUGCAAUGAUGCCCCUAACUAAAUCCAAAAAAGAAGAUACAAUUUUUUGAAGAACAAUAACUAAAUUUACCAGAGGAAGAGUGCCAGAACUCGGUUUUAUUUGCAUUGAGAUUAGAUGCCCCUUUGUUCGAGCGCCCGCAAAAUUCAGAAAUUAAGUGUUUUUGUAAAUAAAAGCAAAUAUCUAGUGUUAAGCAGCGGAACCCCUAACUAAUCAAGCCAAAUAGCCAGCCCAAAGAACAUAUAGUCGCUCCUAGUUCCACCUUCAGUUCCCCCGUCGUAUAUAUAGUAUAUAUCGUAUAUAUAGUAUAUAUCGUAUAUAUAUAUAAACCAGAAACGAGAAACGUAUCAAGAUUGUAAACAGCUAAGGCCAAAAAAGAACACUAAAGCUAAACUACACAAAAAUAUAUCAAGCAGUAGCAGUUUUUAAGGAGUUGUCUAGUCGUAUAGAUCCGCAUAUGGCAUAUACCCUGUAUACUGUCUCUGUAUAUGUAUAUGUAUAUGUAUAUGUAUAUGUAUAUGUAUAUGUACAUGUACAUGUACAUGUAUAUCCCCUCUAAAGAGCCCCGUAUAAAUAUAAAUACUAUUUAAUAAUUGUACACUUAACAUUACUAGUUAUAGAAAUUGAAUCAAAAGAACAAUAAAAAUUAUGGAAAAAAAGCAA